AUGUCUAUUUUCGGUUGGUAUUAUGAUUUUGCACAUCACAUUUUGAAAUACUCAUUUUUGAGUGUAUGUGAUGGAAGAAACUAUGCAUUAGAGUUGCGAGGAAGAUUUCCCGAUACUAUGGCUCGGACAAAUUAUAAUCUGAAAGUUGCGAUUGGGAUGGAAACUUAUCUUACAAUUUUAAGAGCUAGGUUAAGUAAAAAAUUGCCUUUAUAA